GGGCAGCGAGCGGACUGUUAAACCGCGGCGGCAGCGGCGGCAGUCGGGGCGGGAGCGGGGCGCGCUCUGGAGAGGAGUCAGCGGCGCCCCGGGUGGGGGGAGGCGGGAGGGCAGCUAGAGAUCACCUCAGCAGCCCCCACCACGGCCGGACCGAAGGUGCGGCGGCGGAGGGGAGCCAGGGCGCCCCAGCAGGUUUGCUGUAAUUAUCUGCAGGAAUCGCCAUGACCCCAGCUCUAAGGGAGGCAACAGCAAAAGGUAUCUGCUUUCCAUCUUUGCCAAGUACCAUGGAGUCUGACAAGAUGUUAUGCAUGGAAGGUCCAAGAACUGUAGAUGAAAAUCUAAAGGGAGACACUUUCUCUCAGAUGCUGGGAUUUCCAACUCCUCAACCUAGUCUUAAUGCUAAUUUUGUGAAUUUAAAGCAUUUUGGUUCUCCCCAGGCUUCAAAACAUUAUCAGACAGUUCUUUUAAUGAGUUCUAAUACUACAUUAAAUAAAUACAGUGAGAAUUAUAAACAAAAGAAAUCAGGGGAGUCCAACUGCAAAAAGUUGAAAAAUAUACUGUGUAAUGGCAGCAACAUUCAGCUCAGUAAAAUCUGCAACUCUCAUUCUGAAGAGUUCAUCAAAAAGGAACCUCUAUCAGAUACUACAAGCCAGUGCAUAAAAGAUGUACAAAUUGUGUUGGAUUCAAGUCUAACCAAAGACUCUAAUGUAGAUAAAAUACAACUGCAAAGCUGUAAAUGGUACCAAAAGAGUGCACUUGUUGAUAAAGUUACUGAUGCUGAGAUUAAAAAGGGGUUAUUGCACUGUACUCAAAAGAAAAUUGGACCUGGCCACUUAAGUGUACCUAUUAGUUCUUCAGCUGCUGAAAAAGAGGAGGAAGUGAAUGCUCGUUUACUUCAUUGUGUAAGCAAACAGAAACUUUUACUUAGCCAGGCUAGAAGAACUCAGAAACAUUUGCAGAUGCUCCUGGCAAAGCAUGUUGUUAAACACUAUGGUCAGCAAAUGAACUUUUCUAUGAAGCAUCAACUGCCCAAAAUGAAGACCUUUCAUGAGCCCACUACAGAUUUGGAUAAUGGUUUACCUGAACGCACUGAAAUUAAGCCAGAAGUCAACAUAUUGACUACAGAGAAUAAAUUGUGGGAUGAUAAAAAAAAUGGCUUUGGUCGGUGUACAGCUGCAGAAAUCCAAAGAUUUGCAAUGUCUGCUACAGGGCUGUUGUCUCAUGUUGAAGAGGGUCUGGAUUCUGAUGCAACUGAUAGCAGCUCUGAUGACGAUUUGGAUGAAUAUACCAUUAGAAAAAAUAUGGCAGUUAACUCUAGUACUGAAUGGAAGUGGCUCAUAGACAGAGCACGUGUUGGCAGCCGAUGGACUUGGCUCCAAGCCCAGAUUUCAGAGCUAGAAUACAAAAUCCAGCAGCUUACAGAUGUUCACAGGCAGAUUCGUGCUUCCAAGGGGAUAGUGAUCCUAGAAGAAUGUCACCUUCCAAAAGACCUUUUGCAAAAACAAAUAGAAUUCACAGACCAAGCAGCUUUGUUAAACACUACAGAAAAUCCUCAGGUUCCUCAGGGGAGUCAAGAUUCUUUACCAGAACAAGACUUUGAGAUGUCACCAAGCAGCCCUACACUACUUCUUCGUAACAUAGAAAAACAGAGUGCACAGUUGACUGAGAUCAUCAAUAGUUUGAUUGCCCCUCUGAACUUGUCUCCAACUUCAUCACCCUUGUCCUCCAAAUCCUGUGGCCAUAAAUGUCUGGCUAAUGGCAUUACUAGGAGUGCUUCGGAGAAUUUAGAAGAGCUCUCUCCCUCCAGUAGCUGGUUACUUAAUCAGAAGCACAAUAAGAAAAGGAGAAAAGACAGGACAAGAUUGAAAUCUCCAUCCUUGACAAUCAUGAGUACAGCAGCUCGAACAAGGCCACUUCAGAAUUUCCACAAACGAAAACUCUACAGAUUGAGCACCCCUUUUUAUUGGACUACUCAGACUCUACCUUCAAAAGAAACAUUUUUAAAUACUACACAAAUGCCUUGCCUGCAAUCAGCUUCAACUUGGAGUAACUGUGAACACAAUUCAAAGUCUCAGAUAUUAAAAGAACAUGUGUCGGAGCUAGAUUCCUCUUUUCAUUCUGUUCUAUCAUUGCCAUCAGAUGUGCCUCUUCAUUUUCAUUUUGAAACAUUAUUUAAAAAGACUGAAAUAAAAGGCGAUCUUGAUGAAAAAUUUGUAGGCGACUGUAUCAUGUCACCAUCACCUGUACAUAGUACUUUGAUUCAAUGGAGAAAUGGAUAUUCACCUACAUGUAAGCCUCAAAUAAGGUCAGAAUCGUCUGCACAACUAUUACAGGGAAGAAAGAAAAGACAUGUGAGUGAAACAGUUUUAGGAGAAAGAACGACAUUUGAAGAAUUAGCUUUGCAACGCACAGAACCAGGAUCCCAUUGCAAUUUCACUGCUGUCUCUAAUGUCAAUGUUAUAUCAAGAACCCAGAAUUCAUCGUCACAAAAUACUUUACGACGAAGGUUAAGAAGUGAGAGUUCAUAUGACAUAGAUAACAUUGUGAUUCCCAUGUCAUUAGUUGCCCCAGCUAAGUUAGAGAAACUCCAAUAUAAGGAAAUAAUUACUCCAAGCUGGAGGAUGGUUAUUCUUCAACCUUUGGAUGAAUAUAACUCAGGUGAAGAAGAGAUAGAAGAUCUUUCUGAUGAAGUCUUCUCCCUAAGACACAAAAAAUAUGAAGAGAGAGAGCAAGCCAGGUGGUCACUAUGGGAGCAAAGCAAGUGGCACAGAAGAAACAGCAGGCAAGUAUUUUAAAUUUCAAGUCUAAUACUGUUGAAUCCAUAUGGAAUGAACAAAAAUUCUGCAUGAGUUUUGUCAGGACCAGUAAAAAAGGUGAGCUAUCAGCUAUUCAUGUACUAAUAUGUAUAGUAACACACUGCAUAUACUCAGCUUAUAUCCAGAAUAUAUUUAGCUCAUUACAUAAUGAUGAAAUGAGUUUCUGUAUUUUACUCCAUUCUAUUUCUCAUGUUUGUUACUAGCCUCAGCAAUAGAUUAAGCUAACUAAUAGUAUGAAAAUUUUCUCUGUAUAUAAAGUAGAUCAUUUCAGCCAGGCAUGGUGGUGCAUGUCUAUAAUCCCAGCACUUGGGAGGCUGAAACAGGAGGAUCACAAGAAUUACACCAGUUUAGGUUAUACAGUGAGGCCUCAUCUCAAAAGAGCAAAACAUCCAAUAACAACAAAACAAAAAAGCAGGUCAUUUCAAUCCACUUUUAACAGUGGGCUGAACACUGGGGACUAGAAUUUAGGUAAUCCAUUUUAACAGAACUAUUUCAAAAAUACCACUACUUGAAAAAAAAAUUUCUUGAUAAACUUGUAUCAUCUACAAGGCAAAUUGUCUAAAGUACUUUUAAAAACAAACAGAUGUGGGUGUGGUGGCACACCUGAAAUCCCAACACUCAGAAAGCUACUGUAGGAUAAUUGUGAGUUGAAGGCCAGCCUGGGCUACAUGGUGAGAUCCUGUCUCAAAAAACAAAACACAAAUAGACUGUGGGGGAAAGGGAGAAUAAAUAAGACAUCAUUAAUAAUUACUAUUUAAAAGAAUCCCUGGUAUUUUAUACUUACAUUUCAUUAUUUUUAAUAUAGCCCAAACUCAAAAUGCAAGAUCAUGUGACGUGUGGAAGUCACUUCAGUGAAGGGUUAUCUUUCAUUUAAUUAGUACUGUUAAAACACCUUUCUCUGUUUAGGUCUGAAGAUAGCCAGAUCUGCUGUAAAUCCUUAUUCAAAGAGUUCUAACAUAAAUGAGAUUCUGGAAUGCUCAUCCUUGUUCUCACAGUCCAGAAAUACAGAGGAAAAGAUGAAUUGAAACCUUCAUGAAUGACAUUACAGCAACUAAAGAACUGCCCUUUCUUGUCUUCCAAAAAACAAAAAGCAAACCAAACAAAACAAAAACAAUAGUGAACAACAAUAAACCAUUAGGAUAAUAAUAGCAUCAGGAAGGUGAUCGUAUGAUUUUUAAGUCUUAGGCAGAACUGAUUAAAGUA